AUGCUUUCCUUGCUUAACCCUCAACUCCGCGAGGAUUUGCUGGCCUUCUGCCGCGGCAAGGCGCUGGAGGGCGCCUUCGGGGGGCGCCAGAGCAGCGGGACCUGCGCCAAGUACCGCUGCCCCGAGCUGAUCCAAGAGAUGCAAGGGCUCUUCGAUUGCACCUUCCGGAAGGUUUACACUCGGGACCGGCGAGGAGCACCCAUCGCUGAUCGCUUCAAGGUGCUGCACGUCUACCGUGUCCUCAACGACCAGGUGUGGCGCGAGUACCUCAGGCACCGGGAGCGGCUGCGGCUGCUGCGGUGGAACUGCCCGCCGCUGGAGCAGCAGGUGCCGGGCGGCCCCGCCACGCACGCCUUCUGCGAGUCCCUGCGUCGCAUGGGCAGAAGCCACAUGCCGCACUUGGACGCGCAAGUGGCUGAGUGCUGGCUCUUCCACGGCACAAACUUCCAGGGCGCAGCAGCUCGGCACGCGGAGAACGACUUCCGCCUGGACCUCACGGGCUCCAAUGCGGGGACCCUCUAUGGCAAGGGCAUCUACCUGGCGGAGAAUGCCUGGGGCCUCAGCGACGAAGCCGUGGCCUUGAAAGACGAGAUGUUUCGGUCUGACGAAUAUGGAGAGGGCCCCACUGGCAGAGCAGGCGAGGAGGAGCAGGGGGAGCGCGCCGAGUCCCACGCGGCGCGCGCGGAGCGGCGGCCGCCGCCCAAUGCGCCGCUGCCGCCGCUGCAGCGGAACUCGGCGAUGAUCGUUUGCCGGGCACUGCUGGGCAAGGUGCGCUACUCCGAUGAGGAGAAGCCCUCGGCAGACGACAUCCAGCGGACUUGCUUGGGCAAGGACCCCGCCUACGACUGCGUGCUGGGGGACCGCAGGAAGAUCCACGGGACCUUCCGGGAGUUCGUGCUGUAUCAUGACGACCAGGUCUACCCUGAGUUCAUCGUGGUGUACCAGCGCGUUUUCUUCCACGAGCGCUUCCAAGAGAUCUUCGAGCACAUGGUGGAGCGCUGCAGGCAACGGCAGUUCCAUGGUCCCACCCAGGAGGAGGAGAAGGUGCUGAGAUCCUUGUGGGACCACUAUGCCAUGCCCCACAAGGGCCGCAUCGACAAAUGGCAGUUGCUCGACCUGCUGAAGGCCAUCAACCAACCCCCGGAGAACGAGGAGGGCGAUUUGGACGAGACCUUCCGAGAGAUCAACACCUCCGGCACUGGGCGCAUUAGCUGGGAGGAGUUCCUCGCCGAGAUGACGGAGCGUGUGCACAACUCCUGCCGCUGA